CGCGGGGUGUGGGGCUGCUGUCGGCCGCGGCGGCGGGGACGGCGGCAGCGGCGGGGUCCGCGUUGGCCGCCGGCGGGGACCCAGUGCUGCCCCGCCGCGCCCGCCCGCUCCAUCGCACGCUGUUGUCAUGGAGGAGCCAAGAUGGCGGCGCUGGCCUACACCGGGGGCAAGCGGGAGAUCAACUACUACUUCAGCGUGAGGAGCGCCAAGGCGCUGGCGCUGGGCGCCGUCCUGCUCCUCACCGCCUGCCACGCCGCCUCCCGCCGCUACCGAGGUGGCGAUACAUGUGAGUAUCUUCUGUCCAGUGGGAGAUUUCUUGGAGAAAAAGUAUGGCAACCUCACAGUUGUAUGAUGCAUAAGUAUAAAAAUAGUGAAGCRAAAAAUUGCCUCAUAGACAAACAUGUUGUGUUUAUAGGAGAUUCUAGAAUUCGACAGCUGUUCUAUUCAUUUAUAAAACUCAUAAAUCCUCAAGUCAAAGAAGAGGGAAUUAAGCAUGGAAAUAUCCCAUUUGAAGAUAAAUCUGCUUCAAUUAAAGUGGAUUUUCUAUGGUAUCCAGAAGUUAAUGGCUCUAUGAGGCAACGUAUCAAAUCUUGGACUGAGGGUCCUGUGGCAAAACCUCAUAUAAUUGUAGUAGGAGCUGCCACGUGGUCUAUCAAGAUUCACAAUGGCAGCAACGAAGCCCUUGCACAAUAUAAAAUCAAUAUCACUUCAAUUGCACCUCUUUUGGAAAAAUUAGCAAUAAGUAGUGAUGUUUACUGGGUCUUACAAGAUCCUGUUUAUGAAGAUAUACUGAGUGAAAGUCGGAAAAUGAUCACAAAUGAGAAAAUAGAUGCUUAUAAUGAUGCAGCUGUUCGUAUUCUGAACAGCAGCUCYCGAAAUUCCAAAGCUAAAGUUAAAGUGUUCAGUGUAUCAAAAUUGAUAGCACAAGAAACUAUCAUGAAGUCUGCAGAUGGCCUGCAUCUCCCUGAAUCAAGCAGAGAUACAAAUGCAAUGAUUCUUAUGAAUGUCUACUGCAAUAAAAUAAUGAAGCCCAUUGAUGGCUCCUGCUGCCAGCCUCAGCCUCCUCUCACUCUGAUACAGAAGAUAGCCUUCUGUUUUUUUACUUUGUCCAUUGUUGGAUAUUUAAUUAUCAGCUUAAUUCAUCGGAAUAAUUAUCGGAAGAACAAAUCAUGCACUGAUUUGGAAAGUGGAGAGGAGAAGAAACCUGCCAUCAGCACACCUAACGUUUCUACAUUAGAGAUGCUCUUACACUGCUUUUGCAAACUUGGUCUAAUCAUGACCUAUUUUUAUCUAUGUGACCGAGCAAAUCUUUUCAUGAAGGAAAAUAAAUUUUACACACAUUCAUCUUUCUUCAUACCAAUCGUCUAUAUCUUGGUUUUGGGGGUAUUUUAUACUGAAAAUACCAAAGAGACUAAAGUGCUAAAUAGAGAACAGACUGAUGAAUGGAAGGGCUGGAUGCAACUUGUUAUUUUGAUUUAUCAUAUCUCUGGAGCAAGCACUUUUUUGCCUGUGUACAUGCACAUUCGAGUUCUGGUUGCUGCGUAUCUGUUUCAAACAGGUUAUGGGCACUUCUCAUAUUUUUGGAUAAAAGGGGACUUUGGUGUAUACAGAGUAUGUCAGGUUUUAUUUCGUCUCAAUUUCUUGGUUGUGGUGCUGUGCAUAGUGAUGGACCGACCUUACCAGUUCUACUACUUUGUGCCAUUAGUCACUGUCUGGUUUAUGAUCAUYUAUGCCACCUUAGCUGUAUGGCCUCAGAUUGUCCAGAAGAAAGCAAAUGGGAACUGCCUCUGGCACUUUGGUUUACUGCUGAAACUGAUUUGCUUACUGACAUGUAUAUAUUUUUUGUCAUAUUCUCAGGGUGCAUUUGAGAAGAUAUUUUCAUUUUGGCCAUUGUCCAAGUGUUUUGAACUGAAUGGGAAUGUCUAUGAAUGGUGGUUUAGGUGGAAGCUGGAUCGCUAUGUGGUUUUUCAUGGGAUGAUGUUUGCUUUUAUUUAUCUGGCAUUGCAGAAACGUCAGAUGAUAUCAGAAGGAAAAGGAGAUCCUCUUUUCUCCAACAGAGUUUCAAAUGUUUUAUUAUUUAUUUCAAUUGUGUCCUUUUUUACCUACUCAAUUUGGGCUAGCAGYUGUAAAAACAAGACAGAGUGCAAUGAGCUACAUCCUUCUGUUUCUGUGGUGCAGAUUUUAGCUUUCAUUCUCAUCAGGAACAUUCCUGGAUAUGUCCGAUCUGUGUAUAGCUCAUUCUUCGCCUGGUUUGGCAAAAUUUCUUUAGAGCUUUUCAUUUGCCAAUACCAUAUUUGGCUGGCAGCAGACACAAAGGGGAUCUUGGUGCUCAUUCCUGGAUAUCCAAUGUUUAAUGUUCUUGUCAGCACUUUUAUAUUUGUGUGCGUGGCACAUGAGAUUUCUCAGAUCACUAACGAUCUAGCACAGAUUGUGGUUCCUAAAGAUAACUCAACUCUGCUGAAAAGGUUGCUAUGCAUAGCUGGAUUUUUUUCUGGACUACACUUCUUCUCAGCAAUGCAAGAUCAGUCAAGGCAUUAACUUGGAAACUUUCUUCAGGUUUACUUUGUGUCUGCCUGAACAAAAAUUCUCAACUGGAGGUACAAGAAGACAUUUAAAUUAAGCGUGUGGAAAAUGUAUAUAGUGGAAAUGUACAUAUUUUGUGUGGAAAUAGCCUUCUCAAAUAAUCUGAGAAACAAGAGUGCACUGUACAGAAUUGCAUGUGAAAMUGAGUCUUUUCUACUGGAUGUUUGUUUCUGUUUACAUAUCUGUUGAAAUGCGACACGAAGAAGUGCAGUGGUUGAGCAAUUCAUGGGCAUAUUGUGGAAUUCAGCUGGCGCUGGGUGAGCUGUUGCUGAGGGGCUGUUCCAAGCAUCCUUCUGGGCAAGGAACAAACCAAGCACACCUGGGAGCCUUUGGAACUGCCACUGGAGCUGAAACAGCAAAACCAGGGCAUGUCUGAAUUUGCAGUUAGAAAUUAGUGCUUUGGGUGGAAAUAGUAGUACAUGUUAUAUGAAACCCUUUAUAUGUGGAAAUAAAAAGUAAUCAUCAAUUCAGUGAUUGAAGAUUAUAUACAAGUUUACAUAAUAUUUUAUGAGGGUUUUUUUUUAGAAAUUUAAGAUGUGUUCAGCAAAUAUGAUGAAUUCUGAGACAAAWUUUUUUUAUAAAGAAAAUUUUGGGGUUUUUUUCUAAAAUAGGUUUGCCUUUUCAUAAUUCUUCCACUAAUUCAUUUAACURUAUGUAGUUCUGUGUACAACUCCAGUGAACAAACAGAUGAAUAAUUUUCAGAGAAUCAGUUCGAGAUGAAACAUUUUUAGGAGACUUUCCAACCUUUUCCAGUCAGACAGAAUCUUAUCAUAUCCACUCCAUCACACCUUAGGGGAACAGUGAUCCUAUCCCUGAGUUUGUAGGUGACCUUGAAUUAAGUCUCAUUAGGGAACUGGUGCCAUAUUCUAUGCUGUAAUAAUGUUUUCAUUUAAAAGGAUUCAAGUCAGUCUGUUGAUAUCAUGAGGAGGAGGGAUUGAGUGGUCAUCUUUGUUGCAUGCMGAUGGUUAAGUCUCAGAAUUACAAGUGAAAUGAGAUUGGAGCUGUUUGGAGAAAACUGUUUUCCCGUCCUUUUCAGCAGUGCCCAGUCUUUCUCAUUACUUUUUUCCUUUAGCAAAAACCCUGUAGUUGAAAGAAAUCGUCCUUCAGUGUGGCAGUGAUAAGCUGUUGUUUACAUUCUACUUAUCAGUGAAGCUAUGGACAUUUUUGGUUGGUUGUGGUUUUCGUUCAAGUGAUAGUUUGACCUCUAGUUGCUUUUUUCAUUUUAUUCUUCUCCUGAUUAUUYGUUAGCAGUCAAAAACCUGAGUACAAUAUUAUUUUCCAAGCAUAUGUGCAAUUAUGUAUGAUUAUAAACAACAUGAAUCCUAAUUUGAACCAUAUAUACUGUCACAUGCAUGGUUUUGGUCUUAUCCCAGGUAAAACAUUGAAUUCAAUCUUGCAGCCAUUAAUGAGUGCAAAACAAAUUUGUGAAAAGAAUGGCUUUUUUUUUUUGUGGUGAACGUUUUCUUUUAAAGAAUGAGCAGUCAAUCAUAAAAAAAAAAUAAAAAGAAAUCCUUCACUUCCCCCAAAUUCAGUAGUUUUAGUAAGCCUGCCAGCUGUUAGCAGGAUAUUGGAAAGAUACUCAGCUGUGUGUUCUGUGCRCAUAGUACUUCCAGUGCUUGGGAAUUUAACCUCCUUGAUCAAUCSAUUUGAGCGACUGAAGGAAAGGGUGUAGGUGGACACCGUAGUGGGGGAUAGCAAGCAUGACCUUCAUCUAUGCCAGUAUUAUGAGCAACRGGGAACUGUGAGCUUGAGGGAGAAUUUUUGUUUUGUUCUUCACAACUUAAGUAUUGUAGAUAUAAUUCUAUUUAUCUGUUGUACAGACUUGGUUAAAAGAUUUAUUUUUAAUGUUUGAAAUAAUGCACUUGUUUACUAUUACUGUAUGUGGGAUAAAUAUAUUUUCUUUUCAGGUUAUGUAAGUAUAUGAAGUAAUUUAAACAUUAAAUAAAUGUGCUGUGGAUGCUUAUUUUUGUAAUGGGAG